GGACCAACCUGGCCCAAUUCCAUCUUCUCCAAGGGAUGUCUUUUCGGUAAUGAUAAUUGGUAACUGAUAAUUGCCCAAAAAAAUUGGUAACUGAUAAGUCUCUCUCUUCUUGCUUCUUGCUGACGCCCAUAAAGGAGCCAUUCUCACUAAUCUCUUAUUGAAUAACAGAAAACGGAAUUAAGAAUCGCGGGGUGUAGCUGUAUUUACAAUUAUAAGAGGAGGAUGGAGGGAGGACCCUUAAUAUUGAGUCAUUGCAGCAGCAGUAUAAGUUGUUCAAAUUUCCAGUCUAGUCUUUAUCACCAUUUUUCAGUAUCUUUGUGGUGUCACCGACAAACUCAUCUUCCUUGCUUUAGUUCUAGUUCUAGUAGUAGCAGUGCAGGCUGCGAGAUUCGUAAUCCAAAGAACUCGAAACCAUGGUUGAGAAGAGAAAUUAAAAGUCUGCCUUUUGUAUCUGGGGCUGCUGGUGGUUCUGUUACUCUCAAGGAAACUGAAACUUCCCCCUCAUUGUUAGUGAGUGGUAAGGGUGACGACACGUACACAUUGCCGAAAAUUGAUAAGUGUGGAAGGUUUUGCAGUCCGAGAGCUGCCCGGGAGCUUGCCCUGUUGAUUGUUUAUGCUUCUUGUUUAGAUGGGCAGGACCCUGUUCGCUUGUUUGAGAAGCGAAUGAAUGCCCCGAAAGAACCUGGGUACGUCUUUGACAAGAGCUCUUUACUUAAAUAUGAUCACAUGAGGUUUGGAGGAUCUCCUGUUACCACCUCCACUGUUGAGGAAGCUGAUAAACUUCUCAGUGAACUUGAAGCUGAAUCAGUUAUUGAAGCAGAAGUUAUGUCAGCUCCUCUGAAGUUGGUGUACAGCAAACUGCUUCUGAGAUUCACAAAGAAACUUCUAGGUGCAGUUGUGGAUAGGUGGGAUGAUCAUGUCCUCGUGAUUGACAAAGUGGCGCCACAGAAUUGGAAGAAUGAGCCAGCUGGAAGGAUUUUAGAGUUCUCAAUUCUUCAUUUAGCAAUGUCUGAAAUAUCUGCAGUUGGAACACGGCAUCAAAUUGUGAUCAACGAGGCUGUGGAUCUUGCAAAACGGUUUUGUGAUGGUUCAGCACCUCGCAUAAUAAAUGGCUGUCUGAGAACUUUCGUCCAAGAUCAAUCAUGAAGAAGUGAUCUCCAUGACCAAGCUGCAUAAAGUAAUCAUCAAGGGAGGCGGGUAUAAGUGCUCCCGGCAUCUGAUGGAGGAUCAGCAGUCCGGCACUGCUUGUGAAGGAAAUCAAGAAUCUGUAUAGCCGGUAGUUGCAGAAGGUCUCUGUAUGGAGGAUCGGGCAUUGUUCAAGGCAUUUUCUGCAGCGUGUAUGAAAACUUCCGGCAAAUAUCGUCCAGUAAACGAAAGAAUGAAAACCGUAUAGGUUUGUAGUAGUAUCAUAGAGCAGGAUUUAGAGUUUACAGUCAGCUCAAUCCAUGGGUUUCUGAAUAGGACUGCAUUUCGUGUUGUCCAUAAACAAUACAAUAGAUUUGUAAUGAGAGUACAAAUUUGCUAAUUCCACGGAACCAAUAUGUUUCCUUUUUGUGCAAA